AGUGCAUUUAAUUACUUCUGUACUUAAAUGAAACUUGCAAGCUUUUGGGAUUACUCCAUGGACGCUUUGUGCGCAUCUUGAUUGUUAACCAUGUCCAAGUAGACGACUGCCACUGCCAGAGUGCCAGACUGGAGGCUCUCAGCUCAGCUCGAUCGGAGCAGCAACAAUGGCGGGAGGGGUGAUGCACCUCCUGAACGAGUGGGCGAUCGAGAUCCUGCUGCUCGUCAGCUUCUUCCUCCAGCUCAUCCUCCUCUUCUUCGCCGGGUUCCGCCGCGUCGGCGCCUCCGCCGUGCUGAAGCUGGUGGUCUGGCCGGCGUACCAGCUGGCCGACUUCGUCGCCACGUUCACCGUCGGCCACCUCUCCGUCAGCAGCGAGCGGCGGCUGGUGGCGUUCUGGGCGCCGUUCCUGCUGCUCCACCUCGGCGGGCCCGACAACAUCACCGCCUACUCGCUCGCCGACAACCAGCUCUGGAAGCGUCACCUUGUGUUCGGCCUCGUCCCGCAGGCGCUCGGCGCUGCCAACGUCAUCUACCGGUCGUUCGCCGGUAGGACGACGACGCUGCUCUCGGCAGCCAUGCUCAUGUUCGCGAUCGGCGUCCUCAAGUAUGGCGAGAGGACGUGGGCGCUCAAGUACGCCAACCUCAGCAGCAUCCGGAGCUCCGUCAAUGUCAAGACGCCGCCGCCGACGACGAAGCGUCCGCUUCAGUACUACCCGGAGCGGUCGUGGCUGCCUCGACGUGACGGCGGGGAUGUCGAUGAGGAGGAGCUUCUUCUCGUUGCUCACUCCAUGUUCCAUAUCUGCAAGCGCGCCAUGGCGGACUCGUCGGUGGAGCCGGACUCCGGCGAGUACGAUUCCAAGAUUUUCUCCUACGGGUGGAAGGAGAUGUGCCGGGUGGCGGAGAUGGAGCUCUCCCUCAUGUACGACCUCCUCUACACCAAGGCGGCUGUGAUGCACACCUGGUUCGGCUUCGGCAUCCGUGUCGUCUCGCCGCUCGCCGUCGUCGCCGCGCUCGGGCUGUUCCACCUCGAGAACGAUAUCGGCAGCUACCGGCAGGUCGACGUCGCCAUCACCUACGCGCUGCUGGUCGCCGCCUUCGUCCUGGAGACCACGUCGCUGUGCCGGGCGAUCGGGUCGACGUGGAUCGCCGCCUUGCUGCAGACCACGCGUUGGGCGUGGCUCCGCCACGAGGCCCUCUGCACCGGCCGGUGGUUCCGUCUCCGCCGCACCGUCGCGUCGCUCCGGCGGUUCGUCCACCGUGACGGCCACAGGUACUGGUCCGGCACCAUGGGGCAGUUCAACGUGCUCCACUUCUCCACCCGCGACGGCACGGCGGAACGGCUCGGCGCGGCGGCGGAGAAGGCCGGACUCGGGAGCUGGUGGAACAAGCACGUCAACGCCGGCAGCAUCGUCAUCUCCGACCACGUCAAGGAGCUGGUGUUCGGACACAUACAGAACAUGUUAAGAAGCGUCGACGACAAGUCCUACCCGGCCUCCAAGCUCGACUCCAUCAGGAUGACGAGAGGACAGCUCGCGCUCCGGCGCCAUGGACUCUACGACGACCUCGUCUCCAGCCUCGGCGACGAGUUCCAAGAAGGCAUCCUCACCUGGCACGUCGCCACCGACAUCUACCUCGCCGUCAGCGGCAGGGCGACGCCGCGGCUCACGGAGGCAGUCCGGGCGCUGUCCAACUACAUGAUGUUCCUCGUCGCCGUCCGCCCCGACAUGCUGCCGGGUCUCCAGCUCCGACGACUCUACCAGCUCACCUGCGACGACUUGACCAGAAUAUGGCGCCAAACGAAGAACGGCCACGAGUCAUCUCCUACCUCCAGCUUCUCCUUCAUCAACGUCCUGAGCAUGCUCACCAGACUGCUCCAGCUGCACGUCGACGACCCGACCUCCACCUCCACCUCCACCUCCAGGACCACCGACAUCAAGACCCUCGCGGCGACACUACUGCAUGACAACGUGCACAGCCACAACCUCAGGCACGGCGACGACGUGAGGAGCCAUGUCUUCGCCGGGGCGCUGCUCGCCGACGAGCUCCUGCGCAAGGAGAAGGAGCGGCGCAUGUCCGCCGGCGGCGGCGGCGGUGGGACGUCGUUGUUGCCGGCGAUCUUCGAGGUGUGGGUGGAGAUGCUGCUGUACGCCGGCAACCGGUGCAGCAGGGAGUCGCACGCGAAGCAGCUCAACAGUGGGGGCGAGCUCAUCACGUUGGUGUGGCUGUUGGCCGAGCACGCUGGGCUGUACCGUAUCGACAAAACUAAGCAGCAAUUGAAGUACGCUAGAAAUGCUAGCGUGUUGGUGUAG